AUGAGGCUUGGGAGAGGCCUGUCCGAGGGACAGGCUGGGGGCGUGGCCUGUGAGACCCGGAAGCUGGAGAGGCGUGAGUGGGUCCAAAUGAGCGACCGCGCGUCUGGGGGGCAGCGGCGCGGGCGGGCCAUACCUAGGGACUCCCAGUCACUGUGGGAACUGGUGGAAGAGCACGUUCCGCUCCCGGAGCGGCCCGAAGUGAAAAGGAUUCUAGGGGAGACGACAGUGGAUCUGAGCCUGGAGCUACGGGCAGAGGUGGGGCGUAGGAAGGUGGGCCCCACGGCAGACCUGUCCCACGACUUGGAUGCUUUUCUCACCUUUUACGGGUCCUUAGCUCUCCCCAUCGCCGAGGUGCCCCAGCUCUCCUUGCAGGUAGUGAUGUUACAAUCAUUGCUCCAAGAGGCUCGAUCUAUCCAAGCCUCUGGAUCGCGCCCCACCUCUGACCUCUCCUCCCUUCUGGCACCACCGCCCCUCUUAAGAGAUCUUGUGUGCCAGGAACUGCAGCAGCUGCUCCAAGGUCUCUGCCAGAAGGCCAUCUGUGAGGGCUGGUGGAGCUCCAGACCUGGGGACCAGACCCACGCGUGGGUCCAGUAUAGCCUCAGCGUCCUGUGCUUUGCCUUGGAGGAGCCCAGGCAUGAUUUGCCAGAACAGAUGUUCCAGAUGAGAGCUGGUGAACCCAGCAACUGUCACUGGGACCUCAGCGUCAUCAAGGACCAGCUGAACGUGUCCCACACUGACCAGGCUGCUGGACACCUCCGGGCCCUCCUGGAAGAAGAGUGCCUUGCACUAGAGAGGGAGAUUCCCAUCUUGCAGCGCUGCCUGGAAGAUGAGUAUUCAAGGGCCCCUCGGCCCUCUGAGGCAAGCCUAGAGCCCACCCUGGCAGAGCUAAAGGGACAGAAGGCAGCCAUGCAACAGGAGCUGCAGGCACCUCUGAGGCCUUCCUAUGUCUCCCCCAGCCACGUAACCCAGAGCAGACAGACAGCUGGAUGGGGCAGGCUGAGGGGCAGGCCACGGCCCCCUUGCAGCUACUCCCUCCCAUUUAGGCCACAGCCCUUGGAGUCCUUCAGCCAGGGUACUGGACUCCUGCCUUGCCUCCAUGGGGCUGCUGGAGUUUGGGCCAGGCUUCUCCAGUGCUUCCUGCCCGCUCCCCGUCUGGAGCGCUGCCCCAAACUUCACAGCCUGGCUACCACCUGCCACUGGGGAUGGAAGAUUCAGUGCCUCCCUGGGAAAAGGCCAGCUUCUACUCUGAUGUCCAGUGCAGCACCCCAGGCCCCAACAUGAAGGGCUGUUCAGGAAGGAGGCUUCAGCUUCCAUUGGAACUCAUCCUGUCUGCUACUGAUUUCAGCUGCCAGGGUCCAGCCCACUUCAGAUCUAGUCUAGGAUGAGCCCUCCCCAGGAUUCCACUGCUGUCUGUCUGUCUGGCCCCCACCGUACCUUCUCACCAGGGCCUCAGUGUCCGGUCCUGUCACAGCCUCUGGCCUUUCUCCUCCCAGGCAUCCCCCCAAAGGCCUGGCAGGAGGAGGUCUUGUCCCAGCCCUGACUCUUGUCCCCCUGGAGGACCCAGACAAAGCACAGCAGCAGCUCAGAAACAGGAAUAGAAAUUUCAUUAAAACCUAUGGACCUUAAAAUCCUAAUGGUACGCAGAUGGUUGGGGGUGGGAGGCGCACU